CCUGUUUACCAUUCUUUCAUGUGGCGGCUAGACUGUCGCAAGCUGAGAGAGCAGGAGAGUCAGGUCCAGACACAGGAGACACAUGGGGGGCCAGCCGAGAUAAACAUAUUGAUUCUUCUUGGCCAGUGUCUGACUCUGAGCCUUCAUUUACAGAUAUAAGGCAGCCUCGUCAACCACACCAACACUCUUUUCUUCCUCUUCAGCACUCAGCAUCUUUCUCGUUCUUUGCAACCCACACUCGUUAACAAACCUCGCCCAAGUCACUCGCUUGACCACUAUCUUUCACUCCAACAAAACUUUGCAUUCGCUAGUCCAACCGGAACUCACUCCCUCUUUUUCAAGUCCCAAGCAACCAAUCAAGUCAUUCAAGAUGUACUCAUUCAACACCGCCGCUCUCGUUGCCCUUGCUGGCUUCUCCGCCGUCCAGGCCGCCAUUGUCUCUCCUGCUCCUCAGCCUACCGGCGUCAAGAACGGCACCGUCACCAUCACCAGUGUGUACGAUGUCUACACCACUGUCUGCGCUGGUCCUACCAGCUUCCACCUCGGAGGCAAGGACUACGUUGUCACUGAGCCUUGCACUCUGACCAUCACUGACUGCCCUUGCACCGUCACUGAGACUCACCCCGCUGGCCCUACUUGGAUCCCUGGCAAGCCCUACCACCCUGCUCCCCCCAAGCCUGAGCACCCCUCCAAGCCCGAGCAGCCUGAGCACCCUGCGCAGCCCGAGCACCCUGCCAAGACCACCGGCGGCCCCAAGGCUCCUGAGUCUACCAACCCCGCCAAGGGUACGGAUGUGCCCGAGACUCCCGUCGUCAUUGCCGGCGCCGGUGCUGUCCAGGUCGGUCUCGGCCUGGCGGCCAUGCUCGGCCUCAUUGCUCUGUAAGCUCGCAAAGACAAUUCAACUCUCUCACGAGUAUCUUCAGUCUCAGAACACGAUCAGUCACACAGCAUCUGCUCGUCAGCUUGCCAACUUUCGUCUGAGACUGUCAGAUCUUUACGGCUCACAACGCUAUGAUUCCCUACGAGCACUCAACGAAAACUUCGCUUCGCUUCUCAUCACCAACGUAUUAAUGACAACCUUUUUUUGACUUCUUUGGGCCAUCAUGCACUCGCAUUUAGACCGUUGAAGAGUGGGACUCUUGUUACUCCCAUCCCCCCUUCAAACACCACACUCAUGUCUCAGACACUAGAAGCUGGGUGUGGCUUGAUCAAAGGAAGGAUGAGGAAGAAAGACCAUCUGUUCAGGGGCUUAGAGCUGGUGAUCUUCUUUGUGAACCCCAUCCCCCACUAAAAGGGUUUCCCGGGGUCGGAUAAGUCACACUGAAGGGGAUUUCUUUUGUUCUUCUGGGACUUUUUGAUAGAACGGGAGCUUCGGAUGGCAUUUGCAUUGCUAGGAGAUGAUCUUUAUCGUUGGUAUAAUAUGAAUACGUAUAGUACUCAACGUAAUUUUAUCAUUAUGCUCAUUAAAGCUGCGUCCGAUAUUCUGUAUAUUGUCAAUGUGCUCCGCUCGUACCUGAUAUGAUAUGAUGUGAUAUUCAAAAGAUAGACAUAACAGUCCGGGCUCGAAAUAACGCCCCUGCUCCAAACCAAAAAGAAACAUAGAUCGGCCAUGUUAUGCUGCAGCA